AUGCUCGGCGCCGUCGCUCGUCUUGCGGUCGUCCGCGCGGUGGCCCGUCGCCCGGCCGCGCUCCGCCCUGUGGCCGCCGCCCGCUUCUUCUCGUCCGAAGGCAACGACAGCGUGCCCUCCAACACGUCGCGCUUCCUCAAGCUCGCCGACCAGAUCGAAGAGGACGAGGGCUUUGAGCUCGACGAAGGCGACGAGCUGGUCGCCGAGGUCGACCCGGACGACUA